AUGCCCGUGAUAGACAGGGCGCGCGUCGAGGAGUACAUGUGCAACUUCGCCAAAUGCCCUGGAUGCUAUGGCGUUCUCGCGUCCUGUUGCGCCACUGUUGUGCCGGACGGGGAUGUAAUAUCGUCGGCCUCUGCCGAUCCGCCAGGACCGUCUCCCCAGCGCAGUAUACGCAGCCUCCCUGAGCCGCCGGUCGACCUCUUGAUCUCGGAAGCGCUGCGCUCGAGGCGCUUCUACCGCCUGGCCGAGAAUCAGUCUCUCACGCAAAUCCAAACCUCCCUCCUCUUGCACUGCGCAUACUCUAGCCUCGGCAAGGACCCCGCGGCAUGGUUCUACCUACGUGAAGCGGUGACCAUGCUCCAGACAUUGAGAUACCACGAAGAGGCCACCUACGAGGAGACGUCUGACCGGUCCGUCGCGGAGGAUGCCAGGCGUGCGUUCUGGGCUCUCUUUGUCGCGGAACGGGUCUUCGCAAUCCAGCAAUACAAGCCUCUUACGCUGCAGCCCACGAUAGGCCUGCCCCGCGCCGACCCUCCUCCAGCAGCAGACGCUGGUGCAUGUGUUCUGCCCGGUUUUCGGGACCUUAUAUCCCUCCUGUGGACUAUCGAUGCCAGUUUCGUUACCGCCUGGAACUCCUCCGCCACAAGUUCGACGAUGAGGCUGGCGGGGAUGGCAGAGGUUGAGCGGCUGGCACGACUACAGACAGCCUUGUCAAACUGCCUCAUCAACGUGUCUGCUUACCCCGAGACACAGCAAGCCGAGCUUCUGAUCACACGCGGAUGGCUUAAGAACGUUGUAUGGCAGCUGUGCUUGUCCGUAACGACGUUAGCAGGCUCAGACUCUCGCGAGAGUAUGUCCUUGGGAUACCCCCUGAGUAUAGCCCGAGACAUGGUCCUCGUCUUCCAACUGUUACCCCGGACGGCCUUUGCCGCAAAUAGGGUCGGCAUCUUGGAGAGGGUAUCCCAUGUUGGACGUUCGCUGGCCAAUGUCCUUUCGCUGAACGCGCCCGCUAUACUGCGGCCAAUGACGUAUGUUGCGUCCACGGAACUUCUGACAGAGAUGUUGAGGAUUGCGAGUCGAACCCUUGGGGCGGGCUGUGAGGUCACCGGCUUAAUGCUCAAAGAGUCACUCUGUGAGUAG